AUGAAUUCUUGUGUCACUCAAUUUCUUUUCAAACUUUCUGCAACUGGUUCUUCUGAUAUCAAUAUCUCUACUUUUUACAAACGUCUUACAUUUGAUAUAAUUUGUUCCUGUUGCUAUGGUUUGAAUUCACCUUCCGAAGAAUACUAUCAAAAAGUUGAAGAGGUCUUUGCAAUUGAUCUUACACAAUCUCUAUGGCUAAAAUUAACUUGUUUACUUGGUUCGACGUCGUUUCUCUCACAAUUAAUUGAAAAAUUGUACAGAUCACAAGAUGAUUUCAAACGUUUUUUGAAUGGAAAACAGAAUUUUUUUCAAUUUGGUGAAUUUCCAAGAUAUUGGAUCAGAGAAAAAGUUCGAGAAAUUGUUGAUUUAGGAGUAGAAAGUCGUGACGAUGUUGGAAAAAUUGAUUUAGUACAUUUAUUAUUGAAAGCUACAAAUAAGGAUGGCUCGAUUUCUCAUGGUGAAAUCUUACAAAACGUUUCUGCAUUUCUUAUUGCUGGUUACGAACCCACAGCAGCGACUAUGGUCUAUUCUACUUAUAUCUUAGCGACUCAUCCAGAGGAACAGUUGAAGUUACAAAUGGAAAUCGAUUCAUAUGAAGACGAAGGAGAGAUGAGUUAUGAUGUGGUUAUCAAAAAAUUUGAAUAUCUGGAUAGAUUUCUAAGAGAAGUUUUACGAAUGUACCCGAUUGCAAUACAGCAACUUAGCCGUCAGUGUGAACAAGAAACGGUGGUUAGAGAUGAACAUGGAAAAGAAUUUAAAAUUGAAAAAGAUGACAUCGUUCAAGCUGAUGUCUACUCGCUCCACUAUUCUACGGAUCUUUGGGGACCAACGGAUCCAGGUAUAUUCUAUCCUGAUCGUCAUAUUACACAACAAUCACAAUGCGCUUUUCUCGGAUUUGGCUUGGGUCCACGCCAAUGUAUUGGCAUGCGUUUUGCUAUGUCAAUCAUUAAAUUAACAUUGAUACGUUUACUGAAAGAAUAUACGGUGGUACACAGUAACAAAUUAGAAGAAAAUUGGUGUUUAACUGAUAAACGUGUUAUAACUGCCCAAAACUGUUGGAUUCGAUUAGAAGCGAGACAAUGA